AUGUCUCUGUCAGCGCACUGGCAAGGGCACCCCCCGCCGCAAGCAUCGGCAGCAGCAGUGACAGCAGCAGGCGCAGCGCUGCCAGCGGUCGAUAAAGCCAGCGAGGCUGGUGACGGGGAGGGUGCCACAGCUCGUGCGCAUGCUGCAGCACCUCCUCGCGCACUCACAAGUGCAGAGUCGACAGCAGAGGCAGCAGCAGCAGCAUCUGCUGCUGCUGCAGAGAGGCGGAGACCUCACUCCACAGCGGCAGUCGCGGCGGCGGAAGACGUGUCUUACAAGGGGGAUGUGUGGAGUCUGGGGGUUGCUCUUCUAGAGCUUGCUACGCUGUCUCACCCCUUCAAGGGUGGAACCCCCUGUGACGUUGCAGACGCGGCAGUUGCUGCCUCUCUCCAGCAGCGACUGCGCGGCGUCUACACCCCUGAGCUCAGGAGCUUCCUCUUCGCGUGUCUUCGCGUCUGCCCUAGGAAGCGGAAGUCGGCUAAAGAGCUGCUGGUUCACCCUUGGCUGCUGGAGCACAUCGCUACUCCGAAGCAAUUCAUCAGGUGGCUAGACGCCUUGUACAAGGCGGCAGACGAGAUCUUGGCGAGAGGCCUUUUGCGAGAGCAGCAACGGCGCGCAGAUCUGGGAACCCCCUCGCAAGCGCCCUCCAAGCCAGCUGUCUCUGCGGCGGCAGCAGCUGCCGCCGCAGAGACAGCCGCAGCGGCUGCUGCCGCAGAGGCAGCAGCAGCCGCUGCAGUUGCCGCAGCAGCGGCGGCUCGCCGUGUGCCUGCUCAGAAUUUCCAGCCUGUCGCUGCAGGGGGCCCCCCGAAAGCACGAAGCAGCGCAUCCGAUCCGUCGAGCUCAGUUCGCCGGACGAUCUGCUGCAGCAACUACAGCGCCACCGAGGAACUUGCACAGGCUCUGGGGAAGCCUACCCCUCGCGGGAAAGGCCUCUUGAGCCUCUCGACGAGAUCCAAAAGAAGGCCCUCUGUUGGAGAUAAACCUUUGAAUAAAGCCCCUCCAAAGGGCAGGUGCAAACACCUUCCAGAAACUGUACUCCAAACAGAAACUGCUUUGUCGCGCGUGUGCCUAGAGGCCUUUGUUCAAAGGCCUCUAGGAAACACACACAUUGCCUCUCCACCGCCGCUGGACCGACAUAAACACGGACCUUUAACUGAAGGCCUCUAA